CUCCAGGUUUGUUGGUAUCUGGCAAAAUUACGAUUGGCCUGGCUGUGAUUUUUUUUUUUUUUCUUUGAGGGCAGGCCUUAUAAAAAAAAAAAAAAAAAAAAAAAAAGACUUACUUCUUUUUAUUUUUAUUAUUUUUAAAUUAAUUAAUUAAUUAAUUAAUUAUUUUUUGAGAUGGAGUCUCACCCUGUCGCCCAGGCUGGAGUGCAAUGGCGUGAUCUUGGCUCACUGCAACCUCCACCUCCUGGGUUCAAGUGAUUCUCCUGCCUCAGCCUCCAGAGUAGCUGGGAUUACAGGCGUGAGCCACUGCGCCCGGCCUCUUAUUUUUAGGCAGCAUCUCACUCUGUCACUUAGGCUGGAGUUCAGUGGUGCCAUCAUAGCUCACUGCAGCCUCGACCUCUGAGGUUCCAGCAGUCCUCCCGCCUCAGCCUCCCGAGUAGUUGGGACUACAGGCGCAAGCCACCAUGCCCGGGUUUUUUCUGUUUUAAUUUUUAUAGAGACGGGGUCUCACUUUCCAUCCAGGCUGGAAAGGAUGCCUGGAUGCCUUUUAUUAUUAUUAUUAUUAUUAUUUUUUUUAGAUAGAGUCUCUGUCGCCCAGGUUGGAGUGCAGCGGUGUGAUCUCGGCUCACUGCAACCUCUGCCUCCCGGUUCAAGCUAUUCUCCUGCCUCAGCCUCCCGAAUAGCUGGGAUUACUGGCUCCUGCCACUACGCCUGGCUAAAUUUUGUUAUUUUUAGUACAGUCGGGGUUUCCCCAUGUUGGCCAGGCUGGUCACGAACUCCUGACCUCAAGUGAUCCGUCCCCCUCGGCCUCCCAAAGCUCGGGGAUUACAGGCGUGAGCCUCCGCGCGCAGCCCUGGAUGCCUUGUAAAUCACUACUCACCCAGGAAGAGCUAGCGACAGGCCCCGCCCCCGCCAACCGCCUCGCGCCCUCCGUCGCCCGGUUUCCAUGGUGACGGGGCGCCAGGCUAGGGCGGCCUGGCCACUGAGCCGGGGUGCAGUGGCAGCAGGAGGGUACCUGGCGACGGCGAUAUGAGCGGUGCGGGGGUGGCGGCUGGGACGCGGCCCCCCAGCUCGCCGACUCUGGGCUGCCGGCGCCAGUGCCCCUCUGUGGGCGUCCAGUCCUUUAGGCCGCAGAGCCCGCAGCUAAGGCAGAGCGACCCGCAGAAACGGAACCUGGACCUGGAGAAGAGCCUGCAGUUCCUGCAGCAGCAGCACUCGGAGAUGCUGGCCAAGCUCCAUGAGGAGAUCGAGCACCUGAAGCGGGAGAACAGGGAUCUCCAUUACAAGCUCAUAAUGAAUCAGACAUCACAGAAGAAAGAUGGCCCCUCAGGAAACCACCUUUCCGGGGCCUCUGCUCCCUUAGGCUCUCGCUGGUUCUGCAUCAACGGAGGGUGGGUAGAGCCAAGGGGACCCAGCCCUGCCAGGCUGAAGGAGGGCUCCUCAUGGACACACAGGCCAGGAGGCAAGCGUGGGCAUCUUGCAGGCGGUGGCACCGACACUGUGUGCUCUCCUGCAGACAGCCUCUCCACGUCAAGCUUCCAGUCUGUCAAGUCCAUCUCUAAUUCAGGCAAGGCCAGGCCCCAGCCCGGCUCCUUCAACAAGCAAGAUUCGAAAGCUGACAUCCCCCAGAAGGCGGACCUGGAAGAGGAGCCCCGACUUCACAACAGCAAGCUGGACAAGGUUCCUGGGGUACAAGGGCAGGCCAGAAAGGAGAAAGCAGAAGCUUCUAACGCAGGAGCUGCCUGUAUGAGCAGCCAGCACCAGGGCAGGCAGAUGGGGACGGGGGCACACCCCCCAGUGAUCCUGCCCCUUCCCCUGCGAAAGCCCACCACACUUAGGCAGUGCGAAGUGCUCAUCCGCGAGCUGUGGAAUACCAACCUCCUGCAGACCCAAGAGCUGCAGCACCUCAAGUCCCUCCUGGAAGGGAGCCAGAGGCCCCAGGGGGCCCCAGAGGAAGCUAGCUUUCCCAGGGACCAAGAAACCAUGCAUUUCCCCAAGGUCUCCACCAAGAGCCUCUCCAAGAAAUGCCUGCUUCUGAGCCCACCUGUGGCGGAGCGUGCCAUCCUGCCCGCACUGAAGCAGACCCCGAAGAACAACUUUGCCGAGAGGCAGAAGAGGCCGCAGGCAAUGCAGAAACGGCGCCUGCAUCGCUCAGUGCUUUGAGCCACCCGCAUCUGGUCAGUGCCAGGCCCACCAACUUGCAGCUGGAGACUGGCUCUCUAUAGCAUUUCCUGGUACUUCCACUACUUUUAGGCCUGGCUGAAUUCCAAAUUCCAAGAUAGAUGACACUCAAGAUAGCUAAAGUACUUGAUCUCCAAACUGACAAACUGUUUAUUUUCUAGCUGUUAUUUUGCUAUUUGGCAUUUACAUAAAAGCACAUGAUGAAGUAGGUAUCGCCUUACCUGUUGAAACUGAAAAUAAAGCUUGUUUAUUUCCAAGUUGUA